AUGGGCAGGUCUACGAACGAAAUUCCAAUCAUCGAUAUAUCGCGAAUUUACAGCGAAAAACUCGAGGACCGAAAAGCUGUUGCGGAAAUGGUAAGGGAGGCAUCGCAUAGAAUUGGUUUCUUUUACAUAGUUGGACAUGGAAUCGACCCGCAUUACCGCGAGGCGGCGUUCGAGCAAGCAAAACAGUUUUUCCAGCUCCCAGAAGACAAAAAGAUGGAAGUAUAUACAGGACUUGUCCCCAACGAGUUUGUGGGAUAUCAUCCUAUGCAGCAUUACAACCGGAACUCUUUGAAGCAAAAAGACCUGAGCGAGGCGUUCAAUUGGGCCUAUGAGCCAAAAGCCGACCCGGAAGCCAUCAACAAAGACGAAAAAUCCAUCAGCCUCUGGCCUUCUUGUGUGCCCGGAUUUCAGGAAGGCCUGCUAGAUUACCACAGUCAACUCAUCCAGCUGGUACACCGAAUGACGCGGAUCUUCGCACUUGCGCUCCAUCUUCCCGAGGACUCGUUCGACAACUACGUCAAAAGACCAGAAGCGGGGAUGCGCAUCCUGCACUACCCACAGCAAGACCACUCCGCAGAUGACCAGGCCGGACUAGGCGCCCACACUGACUUCGAGUGCUUCACCAUCGUCUCGCAAGACAGCAACGGCGGGCUCGAGGUGCUGAACAAGGCCGGGAAAUGGAUCAGAGCAAAUCCAGUGCCGGGGUCGUUCGUGAUUAAUAUCGGCGACUGUUUCAUGCGACAGACGAAUGAUUUCUUUGUCUCGACUGUGCACAGAGUGGUCAAUAAAAGCGGCAGGGAAAGGUACUCUGCGCCUUUCUUCUGGGGCUUUGAUCGUGAGAAGUUGCUUGAGCUUGUUGCGACGUGCAUCAGCGAGGACAAUCCUAUGAAGUACCCUGUCGUGACGGGGGGUGAGUACUACAGAUGGAGGGCGAAAAAAGCCAAAGGAGAAGAUGUCGAGCUUAAGUCACACAGCUAG